GACUUUCAAUGGCAAUAAAUUUUUCUCAAUGAACGUAUAGUAUGUUAUCACAUAAUGGAUUCGACUUUUUCUAUUUCAAGACAAGCCUUAUCUAGGUAUAAGGAGUUAGAUAAUGUCGCAUGUAAAUACGUUGUAAUAAUAGAAGGGACACGCGUGCGCGCAAGAGGGGUGAAGGGGAUUGCAGAAAAGUGGGUGGGUGGUUUGGUACGGGGAGGAAAGGGAGGGAAGAGAAAGAAAGAAAGAGAGAGAAAGAGAGAGAAGGGGAGGCAGGUCAGGGCAGGCUGACAGCAAGUCGACGUUCGAUUUCAGUCGAAAGCGAAAAGCCGUCAAGUCCGUGCACGGUCGCCGGACUACCGGCUUGUUCGCGAGAAAGUGCGCAUGCUUAACGUCUCCGUGUCGCGUCGUCGUCCUCCGCGCGUCCAAAUGUCAUACGAGUGCUGCGGCGACGGCAAGGUCGCCGGCGACAGUCUCGUCGCCGCCCUCUCGGAGCUCUUCGCCACCCUCUCAGAGCUCUUCACCUUCUCGCAUACUUUUUGCCGCGAGAUCCUUCUGGCCCUGAGCUCAAGCGGCAUUCUUUCUUCCUUCUCCUCCUCCUCUACUAUUACUACUACAAUUACUACUAUUAAUACUACUGCUACUGCUGCUACCACUACCUCUUCCUUCACCUCCCCUUUCCCGUCUUUUUCCUAUUUCUUUUUUUUCCCGUCACCCUUGCCAGAUUCUUCUAAUUCUAAUUCUAUAUCUACAUCGAUUUUUUCUAUUCCCUCCUUCAAUAUCGACAAUCUCUCCGUUAUCUUUAUGUCCUUGCUUCUCACCUUCGUCCUUGCCAUCGUCCUCGUUCGUUCUCUUCUUCAUCGUUGCCGUCGUCGUCGCGCUGUCUAGAGAUUCUAGAGUCCCAAGCAAACACACACCAACAAGGGAUCGAUUACAUCAUACUUUCCCACCAACGUCGUCGACUAUUUCCUUAUUGGUCAAUUUCCUUCGAAACGUCUUAUUUCAAAUAUGUCCGCAUUUCGUUAAUGCCGGAGGAGAGGAUUGACGAGAUUGUAUUUAUACGAUCGUAACAGAUCAAUUAGAAUCGCGUAUAACGUAUCGAACAAGUUAAUUAUCAAGAAUCAAGUUCCUUGUACUUAUAAUUAGAUCACGAUGAUCUUAAUUAAUAAUAAGAAUCGAGAAAAUUGGCCUAUGCACGUUACUUCGUCACAACGUCUGCUGCCAUUAAUUCGUCCAGCAAAUUUCUAUGAACGUGGACUGCUGAUUGAAACGUCGAUCGCGGAAGUUCUAUUGCACGUCCGUUCUGCCUCCCGCUCGUGUUGCGCGCCAUCGAAAUAAUAAAAUGUCGGCGAACGACUUCUGCACCCGCUGGAACUUUACGAUGGUGUGCUCUUUCCUCGUCAAGGACGAGCAAUGUGUGCAUCGUACGUGGGUGUUUCACACUUGCUUCGAACGAAAAAUACGAGACACGACGAUUCGAUCGUUCUACGAAGUUCAGUGUUUCAUAAACGUUGUUUCUGUGGUUUUGAAAGCCGUCAACGAUCGUCGACUCCCAAACUUUCCUCGACUCGUUCAGAUCGACUCGAUCGAGAAGGUAUCCUAGCAAGAGAGACGAUUGCUGCGAGAAAGAGGAAAAGGAAGAACGAAGAAGAAGAAGGAGAAAAAGUAAAAGGAAGAAGAAAAGAAAGCGUAGACAAUGGCGGGUGAGGACAGACAGAUUCUGGCGAAUGGGACCGUCGAGGCUCUCACGAUAAUACCAGCAAAGAUGGCUAAUGGAAACGGCCUUAUCUGUAGCAAGCAUAACAACAAUGGCUCGAUACCAAAUGGAAAGCAACAUGAGAACGGAGCAGCCGAGAAUGGGAAGCUGAUCGUGCCUGACGAAAAAUCUAGCAGCCUUCACACGGAAUUCGAUGAUUCUGACGUUUCCUGUGGUUGGGGUCCAUUUAGACCUCGAUGGUUGCAAUACUUUUCUACGAAGCAGGCCUUCUUGGUUAUCUUUUGCAUUACCUGGGUGCUUCAAGGCAUGUACUACACAUAUUUCGUCUCAGUGAUCACAACGAUCGAAAAGCUCUUCCAAAUCCAAUCGAAAACGACGGGUAUCAUAAUGUCUGCGACUGAGAUCGGCCAGAUCGGUUCGUCCCUUCUCUUAACGUAUUACUGCGGCCAAGGUCACCGGCCUAAGUGGAUCGCCUGGGGCAUGAUUCUCUUUGCCGUGAGCUCCUUCACCUGCUCGAUGCCUCAUUUCAUCUACGGUGAACAGCUGAUCCAACAAAACGAGAUGCUUUUCAGCGGCGUCGGACCUACUGGCGAAUUGGGUGGACAUAACAAUACUGAUCCAGUCCCAGCAAAUCUCUGCAAGUUGCGUGUACGAUCAGAGAACCAUACGCUCGACGAGUUAACAUUAGGUACAACGGCACCACAUGGUGAUUCGAUCGCAUAUUGCGAAGGUGACUUUCUAACGGAACAAAGAAUACAAAGUAAAAUAACGACGGUAGUCCUGGCAAUAUUUUUCGUCUCUUUGCUCGGUGUUGGAAUGGGUCAAACAGCCGUUUACACUCUUGGCAUACCAUACAUCGACGAUAACGUUGCCAGCAGAGAAAGUCCCUUGUAUUUCGCAAUCACGAUUGGUGUUAGGAUUCUGGGACCAGCGUUAGGCUUUAUCCUUGGAUCACUUUGCACGAUGCUUUAUGCAGAUCUAUCCGCAAAUCCACAAAUCACGCCUACCGAUCCAAGAUGGGUUGGUGCGUGGUGGCUCGGUCUGGUGCUGAUAUCCGCGAUGCUGAUGUUGGUCAGCAUAGGAAUGUUCGCCUUUCCUCCGCAUUUGCCGACGAACAGAACACCGCCGAAACGAGCGGAUGCCAAAAAACCUAGUCUAAGAGAUUUUCCAAAGGCAGUUAAAAGGCUCCUUAAGAACGAUAUCCUGAUGUUCAGGACAGCUAGCAGCGUGCUGCACAUCCUGCCAAUCGCAGGACUUUACACAUUCUUACCAAAGUACCUCGAGAGCCAAUUUCGCUUGCCAGCUCAUCAUGCUAACAUGAUAUCAGGUGUCGGUGGUAUUCUAGUAAUGGGCAUCGGUAUUAUAAUCAGCGGAGUAUUCAUUCUGAGAGCGAAACCAAACGCUAGGUUCGUUGCAGCAUGGAUAGCUUUUACAGCAGUCGUUUAUGCUAUUGGUAUGGCCGUAUUGAUGUUCGUUGGUUGCCCGAUGGACGACUUUGCUGGUCUUAUCUCGCACUCCGAUGGAAUCUCGAGCUUCGAGCCAACCUGCGAAGCAACCUGCGACUGCGAUCGAAACAAGUUCAGCCCGAUCUGUGGCGCGGAUGGUAAAACGUACUUCUCCGCGUGUCAUGCUGGCUGCUCGAAUUACACGAUAGCGGACGGUAAAGUGGAAUCGUUUUUUAACUGCCAGUGCAUCGGGCAAAAUUUAACGAUGCCGGAAAUAACGACGAACACAGCGACGAUUGGUUAUUGCCCAUUGGAGUGCAGUAACUUUUGGGUCUACAUGAUUCUCUUCUCGGUGUUCGUUUUUAUACACUCGACGAGCGAGGUUGGUUCCAUGUUACUGAUAUUACGUUGCGUGGAUCCACGGGACAAGGCCAUGGCCCUGGGUCUCAUACAAUUUGCUAUUGGCUUGUUUGGUAAUGUACCAUGCCCAAUCGUAUACGGUGCUGUUGUGGAUUCAGCGUGUCUCGUGUGGGAAUACGCUUGUGGUGAACGAGGUGCCUGCUGGCUCUACGACUCAAAUGUCUUCAGGAUGUUUUAUCACGGCACGACAGGUGGAAUCCUAAUAUUGGCUUUCGUCGUGGACUUAGUUGUGUGGUACAAAGCCGGUAGUAUUAGUUUCGUUGAGGAACAAGAAUGUGAGGAUGGCACAGCCGAAGAAAUGGCCACUUUAAAGUCUCAGGACGCGCAAAACGUCGAUAAUGAUUAUCUGUGAAGAAUAUACAUACAUAUAUAUAUUCAAAGACCCAUAUAUAUAUAUUUAUAGAUACAUAUAUAUGGCUAAACAUAUGUAUAUAGUUUCGAAACGAUGUACAUAAAAGGGUACGCAAGGCGUUCUUGUGUCAAGGUGUUGUUCAACCCUUAAAACACAGACGAAGUCGGUGUGUGAUUGAAGUGAAUUCGCGACUGUCGUCCUUCGACCUGUCCUACUUGACAACGGAUUAUUCUAGUCUUUCAUCAGAAAGGACGCAAGUCAGCGAGAAGAGAAA